AUGAAAGGAGAUGAUACAAGGAAGCAACCAUACCACAAACAAUAUAUUAAAUUUCCUCUAUUUGUCAUAGCUUUGAAAUUGUUUGGUAGCUUCACAGACAUUUUUAAUCAUGGACAUGGUUUGAAGUUCAUUGAAGUGAACACUUACAACGAUUUAGCAGUAGUGCAAUUUUUUUGUUAUCCUAAGAAUUCAAUCUUAUAUGAACAAACUCACAACAAAUAUCAACAAGAAAUUCUACCUUGGAAAAUCCUUGCAAAUACAUUUUCAUUUUGUAACAGAAAUAUUCCAAUUGCUACAGCAUCUAUGAAAUGGAAGAAACUUAAACGUGGAUUCUGUAUCUGA